AUGCUGAAAAACAUCUUUCUCAAAAUCUAUUCAUCCAAACUUGAACCCACCAAACAAACACAACUCUUAAAACUCCUUCUCAACUCUAAAAACAAAGACGAUUAUCAUGAAGGGUGUGUUGCUUUGUAUUCCAUCAUGACUUCCGAACAAGGUUAUACUUCAUUCUUUGAAUUUAUUCAAAAUUACAUCAAGAAUAUGGUGAGCUCAAAUUCUCCUCGUUCUCCAACAUCUUCUGAUAAUGAUGGAGGUGGUAGUGGCAGUGGUUCAAAUAGUAACAGUGGUCGAGUUUCACAUCGAACAGCAACUUCAACAUUUCCUAUUGUGAGAAAACGAUUUCAACAAUUAUCGAUUAGCGAAUAUACAUUUGUAGGAAUGAUGAAUGAUUUGAGACCAUCCAUGAAUAGUAUGAAUCAUCAUUCGAGUGGUAAUUUUGGUGGUACUGGCAAUUUUGGUGGUAGUGGCAGUAGUGGAGGUCUGAAUCAUCAUCCAUCAUCAGUCAUGACCACAACGAUGAUCACAAAUAACACUCCAUCCGUGAGUCAUCAUCAUUCUACGAACAGUAGUACGACUAUGACUACUACUACUGCUGGUAUGACUAUGACGACUAUGACUACUACUACGACUGCAUCCUCACUCUCCAAAUUAUCAUUAACACAAGCUUCUAACGGUCAUUCUUCUUCCCAAAUGAAUACCAUCUCUUCUACUAUUGCACUCAACACGAGUUCUAACAUGGCAACCAAUGGUCAUUCCAAUCUUCAUCAUAACAUACAUCUCCAUCUUCAACCUUCGACUUCCACUAGCAAUGAUGUACUACUCGUUGACGUGACAAGUAAUAACAGUGACCUUGAAAAUGAUGAUGAUUAUUAUAGACUCUCCUUUGAUGAAUAUCAACUAUUAGAUUUAUUUGACAUUUUGGAUGUGAAAGGAAAAGGAACAAUUACCAUUGAGAGUGUUUACAUGUUUUUGUGUUUGUUUGUGUGUCGAGAAGGAAAAUUAUUAACCAAAUUUUUAUAUCAAUUUGGUGGAUUUGUCUAUGAUGUGUUUUGUGGAGAGAGUCAAAUGCAACAAGUUGAAGAUGCUCAAUUUCAAGUGUAUAAUCAUCAUCAUCAUCAAAACAACCAUCACUCACCAAACAAGACAUCCACGACUGGAAUUAGAGGUUCUCUUUUGAAUUCAUCCUCUGGAAACUCGAGUCACAACAGUUCAUCCAAUAGUAUUUUAUCCAUGAUGGAUCAAAAGUUAAAUGGAUCUCAUUCCAAUCUCUUAGAGGGCAUGACUGAAGAAGACGAGUCAGAGGAUUAUUACACUGAUUUUGAACAAUGGUCACAGCAUGAAGAUCUUGAUUUGGGUUAUUAUUCAAACAAGAGAAAUGAUUUUUUAAAGCUCGCCAUGUUGAUUGGUUUUGAUGACAUGACGAUUGUGAAUCAUGUGAACGAAUUGCAAAAUUUAAUUUUAAAGAAUCGAGCUCAAAAAUCAAAACAGAUCAACAUUGUUCCAUCUCUAAAGAGAGAAGACUUUAUGUUCAUUUACUACUCAGUAUUCAAAGAAUUUGAUAAUCCAAACACACGAAGUUCUAGUUCUUCAUCAGGAAAUGGAGUUAUCAAACGAAAGAAGAGAAAUCUCAAGAAAAUUCCACAAAACAAUUAA